UUUCAGAGAGCUACCUUGGCUGAAAAGGAAGUCAACACAUUAAAGGAACAACUGUCCACGAAUACCCCCAACCCGGAUACCAACAGCAGCGAAACAGCAGAUAACAAUUUAGACUUGUCACUGGUCGCUACCUCAACAGCAGCUAAUAGCAGUAGUAGUAGUACCACGCACCCCGAAGGCGCCACAGCCGGCGACAUCCUCCCACCAAAUCAUCGUCUGUCGCCCACACCGUUCGGUGUCGUUGUCGAUAGCCACAAUACGAAAUUAUUGAAUAGUGUAGCGGCAGCCAUAACCCUACAUCAGAACGGUGGUAAUCUACUGGCCACCACACCAUCACCUUCACCACCGCUAUCGGAUAGCGGUAGUGCUGCUGGCGGCGUACAACAGCCAUUGAACGGCUGUUUAAAUCCGAAAUUGUUUUUCAAUCACGCCCAACAGGUUAUGAUGAUGGAAGCUGCUGCUGCAGCAGCGGCAGCCGCUGCAGCUGCCGUACAGCAACAACAAUCGCCAAUGCAUUCACCACAACCGGCAGAGGUAUGUGGUGGCGAAGAUGAGGAAAUGCAACAAACACCCACCAACAACAACAAUAACAAUCACCAGACAAAGGAUGGUGAUAAGACACACAUAGGUGGCGAUACUCAAACGGAAGAAGAGGGUAAUGAUGUCGAUGAAGAAGUACCAACGGAAAAAGCCACCAUUAAUCAAAGUAGUAGUCCAAAGCAUGCGGAAAUGGAGGAAGGGGGAGUAGAAGCUACCGCUGAUGAUAUGGCGGAGGCGGCGGCGUCGGAGGAUACGUCUGCCAACGAUUGUCCAAUAAAUAAUAAUAAUAAAAAUAUCAAUAGUUUAAAUAGUGAUAAUAAACUUAGUUGUACGGAAUCGGAAACAAAGACAAAUGCCAGUAACACCACGACCACCACAAACUCAACUUCUGCCAAUACCACCACUCAGUUGGAAAGCAGAGGGUCUGAAUCCAUGUCAUCGUUUUUGGAUUCGAAACAUUCAGAUUUUGUAGCUGCCAAAGAAAAAGAGAUCAAAGCCUUAUUCGAAGAAGUCAAACGUUUGCGAGCCAUCGAACAAUCCCACUUGGUACAAAUCCAUCGUUUGGAAGAGCAUUUGGAAGCCAAACGCCAACACAUCGAACGUCUGGAAGCCAAAUUGGAUAAGGAGCAAAUUAACGAAGCCUUACAGGAGGCCAUGAAAUCGCAAACGAAUCAAAAAAUGGAAUCCACCUCCGACUCAGCGGCAAUGACACAAAUGGUCAUAGACGAUGAUGAUGAUGAGGAGGAGCAGGACGAAGUGCAACUUCAACGGGACAACGACGACGAAGUGCAACAGCAUAAUGAGGAAAAAGUUGUUGAAUGCCAUGAAGGCAACAACAACAACAACACCAACAAUAACUGUGAUGAUAACGACGAAGAGGAGGACGACGAUGAGGAUUUGGACAAGGAGAACAACAAUGACAAUGAACAGAAUCAAAAUGCGAAUAAUGGCGAGGUGGAAAAGGAUUCAUCAUUCAUCAAGGUCAAAAAGGAGACACAUUGCAGAUCACCCCUCUCAUUGGAUUCCAUUAGUCAACAGAAUGCCAUUGCCGCCGCUGCUGCCGCGGCAGCUGCCUGCAAUAAUGAUCCCAAUAAAUUCCAGGAAUUGCUUAUGGAACGUACCAAGGCCUUGGUGGCAGCCGAGGCUCUUAAGAACUCAGAAGAUCAAGCUUUCGAUAAAAGCCAGGUUGAAGAAACACUUAGCUUACAGCCAACAACAUCCUCAUUAGCUUCCACAGAACAACAACAACUUCAAGUCAGGACAAUCUCAGAUAAUGCCAAUCUCUGCCCAAACGAAGGCGACCAUGAAACCUCCUCCAAACCUGAAAUAGCCUCUAAAGUGCCAAAAAUAGAAAUAUUAGAUGAUGAGGACGAAGGUGAAGAGGUUAAAGAAAAAUCCUCUAAUUCCUCCGGCAUCAUAAAUUUAGAACAUCAGGAGGAGGAGGAGGGGGAUGGCGAUGAGGAAAAUCCAAAUGCCGAUGAGUCCUCCUCCAAUUUCAAACAAAAUGUUGAACGUUUCGGUUCUUUACUGGGUGAGGAGCUGGUCAAUAAUUAUUGGCGUAAUAGGGGGGCCUAUCAUCAGCACCACUAUCAGCAGCAGCAACAUCAUCAGCAACAACAACAACAUCAAAUGGCCACAGCCCAGCCACAUUCUUUAAUGCUACAACAAAACUCAAAUUCUUCUUCUUCCGCCUCCUCUUCAGCUGCUGCUGCUUUAAUGCAUGCCGCCGGCUCAACACCGCCCUGUGGCCCCUCAUCCACAGCUCUGCUUAGUCAAUUAGUUAAUUCCACUUUUUCCACACCCCCCACCACCACCACCACUCAAUCAACUCAAAAUUCCUCUUUACGUUCAACAGAUGCCCACUAUCCGCCCCACCAUCAUCACCACCAACAGCACCACCAUCAUCAUCAGCUGCAAAUGUCCUCACACCUGCUGGGAGGUGAUCAUCACGACAAGUCCGGAGCAGGAAAUCAUCAUCACCACCAUGCCGAAUCAUCGGCCUCCAGUGCCAGUACCCCCAAUCUACAGGAACAACGUUCGGAGGAUCAGCAGCAUCAUCACCACCAAUCCCUCUCGCUCAACGGCUCGCUGAAGAGCUACGAAGACAACAACAACAGUCCCGGCAACAAUCAUCCCCUCAGUGGCCAUGGCCACAGCCACGGCCUGCCCCAUGGUUUCCUACCCGGUCUACCAUUCCAAUUUCAAGAUCGUGGUCAUUUCCGUUUUGCCGACGAUCUACAGCUACCACCCGGCACUUCAAUGGCUGGCCGUUUGGGUGAAUCCCUAAUCCCCAAGGGAGAUCCCAUGGAAGCCAAGCUGCAGGAGAUGUUGCGUUACAACAUGGACAAGUAUGCCAAUCAGGCGUUGGAUACAUUGCAUAUCUCCAGGCGUGUGAGGGAGCUGCUGUCGGUCCACAACAUCGGCCAAAGGAUUUUCGCCAAAUAUAUUUUGGGCCUAUCCCAAGGUACCGUUUCCGAAUUACUCUCCAAACCCAAGCCAUGGGAUAAGUUGACGGAAAAGGGACGUGAUAGCUAUCGUAAAAUGCAUGCUUGGUCAUGCGAUGAUAAUGCUGUUAUGCUGCUCAAAUCGCUGAUACCCAAGAAAGAUUCUGGUUUACCACCCUAUGGUGCUGGUCGUGAUGAUUCCAUGUCGGAUGAUCGCAUUGCUCACAUCUUAAAUGAGGCCUCCUCUUUGAUGAAAGGCAGCUCUGGUGGUGCAAUGCAACAACGUUCCGGCAUGCAGCAAGAAGACUCACACAGCAAUGAAGAUUCGAAGUCGCCACAUCAACCCUGUUCAUCACCCUUCUAUAGGGAGAAUUUGAAAUCACAAAUGGAAACCAGUCUGCCAGCACCCGGCCACCUAAGGCCCGAUGAAGUUAACCCGGAGAAAAUGGCCAGAUUAUAUCAAGAGAUUAUGGCUCGGGCACCCCGUGAAGCUUUUCCAGGUUUUUUGCUUUCACCAUUUUUCAGUGGCGGUCUACCUGCAGCUGCUGGCAUGGGUGCCAAUGCCUUCCCCGCCUUGGCUGCAGAUGAGAAUAUGCGCCUGGCCUUUGAAAGGGAAAUGAAUAAAUUGCAACAACAACAGCAGCAACAACACUCUCAACCUCCCAGUUUUGCCAAUUUCUCUAGUCUCAUGGCCCUGCAACAACAAAUGCUGAACGGGGCCCAAGACCUGACUUUGGGUGGUAAAGAUGAUGGAGCCGCCCCUUCGCUCAACAAGGAUCCCAAACUGAAUGGCCAACGUCAUUCCUUUGAUGGUUCAUCACAAAAUUCCCUCAGCAAUGCUGGUGGCGUGGCCUCCUCCACCUCAGGAUCAGCAGCCGCUGUCGGACAAUCCACACCAAAUGCCAAAGAUACCUCCGAUGUGGAACGCCUCUACCCAGGUGGUAUGGUGAAAAAUGAACAGGGCAACAAGACCCCAGCACCGCCACUUUCCAGCAAUGCUUCCACCACCACCAACAACAAUUCGGCCGCACCCAGCCCCCUUAGCAAUUCCAUACUCCCGCCAGCAAUGACACCGACCGAUGAUUUUGGUGCCACUGCCAGUCCUCUGCAGCGCAUGGCUUCCAUUACCAAUUCACUGAUUACCCAACCUCCUGUACCACCCCAUCAUCAGCCUCAGCAAAGGCCCACCAAGGCUGUCCUGCCACCCAUUACCCAACAACAGUUCGAUAUGUUCAACAAUCUGAACACGGAGGAGAUUGUGCGCCGCGUCAAGGAGGCCCUCUCACAAUAUUCCAUUUCCCAGCGUUUGUUUGGUGAAUCGGUUUUGGGUUUGUCGCAAGGAUCUGUUUCCGAUUUGCUGGCCCGCCCCAAGCCAUGGCAUAUGUUGACCCAAAAGGGACGUGAACCUUUUAUCCGCAUGAAAAUGUUUUUGGAGGAUGAUAAUGCCGUACACAAGCUGGUCGCUUCGCAGUAUAAAAUCGCCCCGGAGAAACUGAUGAGGACCGGCAACUAUGCCGGAGGACCACAAAUCCCCCCAGGGCUGGUUGGUAAAAUACCCCCGCCCAUGCCAAUGCAAAAGAUGAUGUCCGAAUUGAAGCUGCAAGAACCUGCUCACAUUAUGCAACAGAUGCAGGCUGCCGCCGUCAUGUCCGCCGCCAUGCAGCAGCAUCAACAGCAACAACAACAGGUGGCUGCCGCAGCCGCUGCUGCCCAAGCCGCCCAGCAAUCGCAACAGGCUGCUGCUGUACAGGCGGCUCAACAGGCCGCUGCCGCCGCCGCUGCUGCUGCAGCCCAACAACAUCAUCAAAGUAUGCUGCUGACCUCACCCGGCUUGCCACCCCAACAUGCCAUACCCCUACCUGCCGCCGCCAACUCAAAUCCCACCUCGGGAGCCAGUACCCCGGCAACCAACUCCACCGGGGGUGGUGCUGAAAAGAAACAGCCCAUGAUGAUGCCCAUCCAUUCGCCACACCAGGCCAAUGCCAUGCGCAACAUGCACCAGCACAUGUCACCCACCGUCUAUGAAAUGGCCGCGCUGACCCAAGAUCUAGAUACUCAGGUUAUAACCACCAAAAUCAAGGAGGCCCUAUUGACCAACAACAUUGGCCAGAAAAUCUUUGGUGAAGCCGUUUUGGGUCUCUCCCAAGGCUCUGUGUCGGAAUUGCUUAGCAAACCCAAACCCUGGCACAUGCUGUCCAUCAAGGGUCGGGAACCCUUCAUACGCAUGCAGUUGUGGUUGUCCGAUGCCAAUAAUGUGGAUCGCCUACAGGCCUUGAAAAAUGAAAGAAGAGAAGCAUCCAAACGUCGCCGCUCCACCGGGCCCAAUCAGCAGGACAACAGCUCGGAUACCUCCAGCAAUGAUACCAAUGACUUCUACACCAGCAGCCCUGGCCCUGGCUCCGUGGGCAGUGCCGGUGCCCCACCCAAUAAGAAACAGAGAGUCCUCUUCUCCGAGGAACAAAAAGAGGCUUUGAGAUUGGCAUUUGCCCUGGACCCCUAUCCGAAUGUGGGUACCAUUGAAUUCCUGGCCAAUGAACUGAAUUUGGCCACCCGCACCAUUACCAAUUGGUUCCACAAUCAUCGUAUGCGUUUGAAGCAACAAGUGCCACAUGGUCCCCCCGGCCAGGAGACCAAUAUUCCCACACGGGAGAAUACCAAUUCCACACCCUUCGAUCCCGUCCAGUUUCGUAUUUUACUGCAGCAGAGAUUGCUAGAAUUGCAAAAGGAACGGAUGGGUUUGGGUGGCAAUAAUACGCUGCCAUAUCCUCCCUAUUUUGCUGCAGCCGCUUUACUGGGUAGGUCAUUGGCUGGUAUGCCAAAUGCUGCUGCUGGGGGUGCCGUGCCCAAUGAAGCUGAGUUACGAGCCUUAAAUCAAAAAUUCCAAGAACAAAUGGCGGGGCUGGAUCUGUCGAUGAGCUCCCUGAAACGUGAACGCAGCGAUGAUUUCGAUGAUGAUCUCGAUGAUGGCCAUAUGAGUGAAAAUGAAAAUGAUUCCAUGGAUGGUGAGAGUGCCGAUAAGACCAAUGAGUUCAAGGCGUUGAGUAAUCAUGCCCAGCAAUUUCUGAAUAAUAUGCGUUUGAAUCGACGCAAACCUGCCGCACCACAAUGGGUUAAUCCUGCCGUGCCCUCAGGACAAAUGUCGGGUCAAAUGGAAAACUCUUCUUCGGAGAGAUUAAUAAAUGGUGAGGAAUCUUCGAUGACCUCCCAACCACCACACAAUCAGGAAGAGGAAAGCCUUGGCAAAUCCGACGACCAUAGCGACAUGGAUCAUGGCCAUCAUCAUUUGGUCAUGGAACCGGAGGUAUUAAUUAAACAAGAAAAAGAAGACUGUGAAAGUGAUAACGAAAAACGGGACAUCGACACCACCACCACCACCACACUGCGGAGUAAUGAAGCCGGAGACGGAGCAGAUGUUCCUGCGAGUAGUCCAGCCGCCACCGCUGUCUCCACCAGUAUUAUGUCAAAUGCCUCAACGUGGAAUUACUAA